UCCACUUUUAGUGACCCCCCAGUAAAUUCCAACCCCCUACUCAGCAUCACAGAAUUUUUCAGUCCAAGUUGGAGUGAAGAAGGACGAUGUUGUUAUUCUAGUUGUAAACAAUAUUUUGUGGCGUGCGUCAUGGAGGGAAAAUUUACAUCGGAAGAAUCUAAUUUAAUACUUGAAGCAUUUUCAAGAAAAGCUGAUUACGAUGGUCCUUUGGAUCAUAGAUUUUUGGACUAUUUGAAUAAAAUAUUCUUAAUUUGGCGAGUUACCCACGCCACUGAAAUUCUGAAGGGCAUGAUAGAAUUUUCGAUUGAACUUAAAGUAGACUUUCUGAAUUUGAUGAAAGAGAAGUUAGGCUACUCUGAAAAUGAGUUUUCUCAUAGCUGUUUAAUGAGGGAGCCCAAGAAUUUCAUUUUAAUAACUGAUUUUGGUGAAAAGAAUGAGUUCUUCCAAGACGGGUGUUUGCUAUACUUAGUAAAAGCUUACCAAAAGUGUCUAUUAGUGGAUUAUGAUAUUUAUAGGCACGUAUUCAAUAAUCUAAUGAGGUCAAGAGUUCUCAUCAAUCCAACCAGCUGCAGAUCGUAUCAACUCGUCUUCCUCUAUAGGGCGUCCACUUAUAGAACAGCAGAUGACCAAUUAUACGAGAAUGUACUGAAAAUGCUUUGGAGUGCCAUUUCUGAUCCUCUAUUGACAUUCGCUGAUUUCUUCGAAAUCUUUGACGGAAUAGACGAAGAAGAUGUUCCUAAAAUAAUAAAGCCCUGGGACUGGUACUGUAAACUGGUUAGAACUUCUGAAUGUCCCAGAAAGUGCCCGAGAUCUUUAAAGCACCUUUCUAGGUGCGUUAUAAGAAACAAAUUGAGAGACUGUCUCCAAUUACCAAAUGGUAUCGAAAAACUUCCUAUUGAAGAUACCUAUAAGCCAUAUUUACUUUUAAAAGAUUUCAGUCAAAUGAACUAGUUUAAAAAUUUAAACAAUGUUUAAUCAUAAUUUGUUUUCCUAAUGACUAUUUUAAUAAACAUUGCUUUGUAAUGAAAAUUUAGCAAUAUGUUUCUAUUGAUUUGCCUCUUAGUUUUCGCUAAGUAAGAAUUUUUUUUGUUGUUGCAUGAGAUUUUUUAACAGAUUGUAGAUACGUUCGUAUCACUUAUUUCAAAUCUGCCAUCCGUUUCACCCUCCAAACUACAGUUUAUUUUAAAAUGGUAUUUUUAGUCAAUUUUUUGUGAAAACGUGUGAGUUGAAAAUUUCUAGGGGAAUUGGGGCACAUCACCAGGAUUAAAAUUGCGUAAAAUUCCAUGCCCGGAAAUGUCAUCAUAUGCCACUAGGGGUGUUUCCCUAUUAUGAACUGUUUCGACAAAAUAGAAAAGCACCCAAGCCUCGUACGAAAGUUUUUGGGCAUGCGCUCCUAUUUAAUUUUUUUCCCUGGUGAUGUGUUUGUCGCAAAAUUUAUGCGACUUCCUGAUGUAUUUAUAACUUUUUUAAACUUGGACAUUUCAAUAAAAAAAUCGACUAAAACUGUCAUUCCUUUAAGAAAGAAAAGAAGAAAUCUAUAGCUUUGAUUGCAAUUAUGAUAGCUGAAAUCAUACUCCUGGCACAUUAUUGCUCUAUUUGAAUCUUAAUCUAGAUAUUCUUUUUAAAUUGUAUGUGAGCAGCCGAGAAGUAAAUGUUUUGAAUAAAUAAAUUUGAUGCAAAAUUA